UUCGUUCACGUAGAGGCUGUCUUUUUGGAGGAGAGGUGUAAAAUGAUGAGUAGGAUGCAGGGAAUGAAACAACACAUAAAGACUGAAAAAGCACCCAACAGCUGUUUCAGUUUGGAUGUUGUCAGUGAGAUCCAAGAACUCUUCAGCAAAAUCACCACAUAUUUUAAGCCACAUUCUGAGGAAUGGCAGCUCCCAGACCCCAAGGAAUGCCUGGUGCAUGCUUCCUAUCAACACACUCGCUUGCAGGCUCUUAAGAACUCUUUGAAUGAUGUGAAGAAUCGGCUCAGUGACAAAAAUCUGGAGGUGUGGCACCAGCAUACGUCGUUUACCAACAGAGCUGGAAAGAUUACUGCCCACGUGCGGGCUGCUGCUAAUGCAGAGGUCUGCACACAAGCCUGGUGCAAAUUCUACGAGAUUCUAGGGACAUUCAGUGUGAUCCCGAAUCAGGCCAUGCAACGUGGGGAGCUCAGGUCUGUGCAUCUCUGUGAAGCACCAGGGGCCUUCAUUGCUAGUCUCAACCACUACCUCAAAUCCAAAUCCCUUUAUUGUGACUGGACAUGGGUGGCUAACACCCUCAAUCCUUAUUAUGAGGGAAAUCAAAGUGGCACUAUGAUCAUAGAUGACCGGCUGAUUGCGAACACGUUGCCUUGGUGGUUCUUCGGCAGCGACAACACAGGUGAUAUCAUGCUUCAAAAACACCUGUUGGAGCUGCAGAGUUUUACCAGGAACAUGCGGACAGUAGACUUGGUCACAGCGGAUGGGAGCUUUGAUUGCCAGGGCAACCCAGAUGAGCAGGAGGCCCUGGUGGCACCGCUGCACUACUGUGAGGCUGUAGCUGCACUGCUGCUGCUGAGUCAAGGGGGCUCCUUUGUGCUGAAGAUGUUCACCUUAUAUGAGCACUCCUCUGUCUGCUUACUGUACUUGCUGAACUGCUCUUUCCGCUCUGUCCAUGUGUUCAAGCCUGCCACAAGCAAGGCUGGGAACUCGGAAGUCUAUGUGGUCUGCCUGGAGUAUUGUUCGAAGGAAACUUUGAGACCCCUGCUCUCAAAAAUGAUCCGGAAUUUUGGGCCAGACAUUCUCAGUCGAGGGGUGCUCUUCCCAAACAGUCUCAUUCCAGUCACUUUCCUCAGACAGCAUGAGGAGAUCUGCAGUUAUUUUUACAAGCACCAAGUUCAAACAAUUACAGAAAACCUGCAGCUGUUCCAGUCAAUGACUGCUGAGCAACAGCAGAAACUGAACAACCUCAGAGACUGUGCAGUGGAGUUUUACAUGGAUCGAUUUCAGGUGCGGCAUCUCCACCGAAGCAAAUGGCUUUCAAAGAACACUGUCCAAGGUUCCAUUGCAAACAGUAAGCUGCUUGGUUAUAGGAAGCAGGUUGGAUCGUUUAAUGAAAGAAAGAAACUAGAGUCCCUGGCUUGGAAGGAGAAGGUGCUAAAGGGCUUUUACAAAGCUCAGGUUGAAGAGCAUACCUUGCAGGCGAUGGGAUCAGAUUGUGUCUUGGUGGGGCCAGCAGUGGACUGUGAUAUAGAUUCCUGGUAUGUCCUAGUGGGUGCAACGAUGGGUAAGGUCAGAAGCUCCCCAUUUUGUGAUUUAGAAUUGCUGAACAAUUUGAAUGAAGCUUUGGAGCAGUCCUCACUAAUUAAGGAUCAUGCUGAACCUGCAAAGGGGCACCUUGUUCCUCUGUGCAGUGUCUGUAGAAUCUUAUCACCCCAGUCCAUUCUUUCUGAUGUGUUUAGUCACAGUUAUACUUUAUCUGACCAUGCCACAUAUGACAAGAGUCAAUGUUGUGUUGUGGUGGGAAGCUCAUCAUUUCUAAGUCAUUUGCCAGAGAAAGGAAAAACAUUACGGAAAGUCUCCCAAGAGCUGCUCAGGCCCAGUUUGGAUCGCUUGACCCUCCAUGAUGGGGAUCCCCAGUACCAGCAUGAGCUCCUCAGCUGCAUCCUGCAGUCAUUUCACAGCCUUCAGACAGGGGCAUCCCUGGUGCUGCCCAUCCUGUCUGCUUUCACCCGUUUCACAGCAGGACUGGUUCUCGCCCUGCAUCAGUGUUUCCGCUCCAUCACUUUCCGGUGCCCUGCUGCUGCUGACAGCCUAGGGUCUGUCGCUGUGCUGCUCUGCAUGGACUACCAGCAGCCACCCAACAGUCUCCUGACCUUCCUUGAGGAUGUGCGCUGCCAGAUGUCCAGCAUUCCACCAACAGGCAGUGCAUGUCAGGUUCUGCAGUUUGUCCCUGUGGAGGUUCUCUUCAAGGGGGCGUUGCCCGAGUUCCUAUGGAACGUGAACACUGCCAUUGCCAAGCAUAGGCUGCAUGUGCUGAUAGCUGCUGAGCAGUCUUUGAUUAUGCAGGCUGGUCAGAUUAUCUGACACUUAUCAAACUGUUCUAGCUCUACUGCAAAGAUUUUACAUUAGCCGAUGGUUAAUGGUUCGACAUCUUUCAAUGAAUCAUUUGCAUCCAAUGUCACUUGGAGUUUUUUUUAAUUAUUCUGUAUGAACAGAGUUUCAUAAUGAAUUUUGGUGAGGUUCCCCCCUUAUGCAGUAUGGGUAAACGCUGCACAGAACUGUUCAGUUUCGUAUAUAUACAAAUGGUGACAUGCCUUAAAGAUGUGUUGAAGUGAAGAUUGACUCUUCAGUUGGUGUUAGGACUAAAAUGCUGUAUGGUACUUUUUCAAGUAAUGUUUGAGUUGCAAGAAGUUGUUGGUCGUAUGUUUUUUGUGAAAUAUUUUUCUUCAAAAUGCCAGCCAGUUCUCAGGGGAAUAUUGACAGUUUUUUUUAAAAUAAUUAUGAAUGCUUCCAGUUUUGAUUUGUAUAAUGUGCUGUGGCAUUGGUUUUGCACCUCACAUUUGUAUGUUUUGAGCACUUACAAAAUCUAAGUAAUGAAUUUUUUCAGCUACGAUGAGAAGUCUAGAUUAGCUUCAGAUAUGCUUUAUGUUUAUACAGUUAUAUUUGUGAAGACUGAUUUUAUAAACUCUAACUGGAGUAAUUCUGUGUGAGAUACCAUUACCCCACAUCUGUUGAACUUUUUUUUUUUUUUUCUCCCCCCCCCCCCUCUCUUUAUAUCUGAAUUGCUUCAGGAGGAGAGGUAGUGCAUAUUCUUGAAUCAGUUAGCAUAAAGGAAUGGUUUUGCUUGGUUAUAGAUAUCCAGUAAUAGGCCUGAAAAAGUAUAUGCAGUAGUGGGCCAGAGAAAGUAAAACCUGAUUAUCAUUUUGGAGUUCAUGAAUUUUCAUUGAGAUCCUGAAAUUAAAUCUUUUGAAAUGCAAGAUUGAGAAAGUUACCCUUUGUUAUAAAAUGUUAUGUUUGUAAAAUGUACAAAAUGGAUAUUUGUAUAAAAACAUGGUGCUUAUUCCAUGUGUACCU